AUGGGUCGACAGGCCUAUUUGAACCGGCUCGCUUUGGGCCGGUCCCCCUACGAAGCUCCCGACAACGCGGCGGUUGACCCCUCCACUCCAGUCCGACGAAUCUCCAACGUCCAUGCGGACGAUUACAUGCAGCAAUAUGAUACUCGAGGGCACCCUGUUAAUCCUGAGUCCAGAACCCUCGGGAAAGAACUCCGGAGAGCAAAGAAUGACAUCCUCUCAACAAUGGGGAUUGUCGUCAGUGGAGAAGACCGAAACUCUACUAUCCCCAAUGAACAGCAAAAGAUCAACCAGAUUGCGAGUGAGAAUGACUUCGGACUGGUAAUAACAACUCUCGAUCAAUUGUUCAUCUUUUUCGGCACUUGGUGGACCUCUUCAGUCACUGGUCGAGUACAGACUUACCGGCAUUAUGCCAAUUCCGCAUUACUCGGUGUCGUGCAGUCUGAGAGAGACGCCGCGGGGAUUCUUGGCUUCUAUUUUUCGGGAAUUCCUGCCUGGGCAAUGUCUAGUGCGUUGGCUAUAGCUCGUGAAACCCCGCUGAAACGGGUGUUUGUCUCUUUCCGAGACUACGUUCAGUCUUUGACCGGCGACUCGCUCGGUGUUCGUUCUCUUUUCGGACUUCUAUACACAGGGGCGAGAAAUGCUGUGCUCAUGUUGUCUAUGGAGUUCUACAUGUACUCCACACUCCAAUCUCUUUCCCUUGUUUCUCCAUAUGGAAUCCCCGGCGCUCAACUUUUGCUUCCCUUUGGCAGAGAAUCUUUGCUACAGCUACCAUCCUUGCCCGCUGAUUUCUCCCCUCACUCCCUGGGGAAUACGCUCGUGCAAUUGUUAAUAUCUCCUGGCGUUUUAGUCUUCCUCUAUGGGUACUACUUGCGGCCGGAGCUUGAAGAGCGUAUCUAUCGGUUGAUCAGACGACACCUUCCAAAACCAGCUCUUCCUGACGAACUCUCAGUCCGCGUUGCCUUUGAAGAGAACCUGAUAGAGUGGGUGGUGCCCACCCUGGGCCGCAGGUCAGACGAAGAAUUAUACCGCAGCUCACUCCCACUAUUCGAAGAUAUCAAGUUCGAACUGGCCACUUUUCGCAGAUGGGUAUCAUCCCUUUUUGGACUAAGAUCGAAUCAAUUGUCAGAGAAGCAAGCCCUCCUGUCCUUUAGUCGCGAGAGGAAUCAAAAUCUACGCAAUGAGAUUGCGUUAUUGCGAAAUGAACUCGAUGGAUUCCAACACACCCCUGAGGGUGAAGAAGGACCAAAUGAUCAUGUGUCUAGGCCACCGGGAAUCACUCCUGAUGCCCAGGUUUCCGCUCUUGCAUCGCGAGCACGACCACGCCCAGGGGAAGCAAGUCGACCCACACAUUUGACUCAGGCAGAAUCAGUUAUUGGGCUGAAUCAGGUUCUUACAAACGAAAAUCGUAUGUCUCAAUCGCCUGGGGAAAUGAGCAAUGACUAUUUCUCCGAGAUAGCUACUGCUGGACGAACAAGUCGUCUCUCAGCCACUUCAACACCGCAGGAGCAAACAGCCCCUUUGCAAAACGGUAAUGAUGUUGCUACGGACCGACAGAGCUCGCGAUCUAAUACUCUCUUUUCUCGGUCAUCAUCACCAGAAACCUUACCUCCUACGUCGCCUCGCGUAAGAGCAUCCUUGAUUCACCAGAGCCCCGACGUUAUCACGAUGCAGCUUGAGUUGAUGGGUAAUCGAAACCGUCACCCGCAAAUCCAACCUCCAAAUCCUGCCCAGUUGAAUGCACUAGCGCGCAACAAUGUGUCAGGACCAAAUACAAAUCCGGACACCAUGGACAGACGAUCCAUAGCCGAGUUCCUCGAAGCUCUGAUCCUAAGCCAGGCCCAGCGCCAGGCCCAGCAGACCCUAGCAGCUGCAGAUACGGACGGCCUCUCAAGUAUCACGGCCGGGCCAUCCAACGCUACCCCGCAAGACUUGGGUGCCCCUGAAUUAGACCCUCAAAUUCCGGCCCCAGAAACCCAAGCCACCGACGCUCCAACUUUAGAGUCCAUUGAGGAAGCUCUAGGGUCCAUCAUUCCAAACAUUCUCCCAGAUGGCGUGGAAGAACCAAACGACGAAGAGCCCUCCAAUGAAAACCCUGUCGCAGACGCAGAUCAUAAUGAAGACACUCAAUCUGAUACUCUCGACCAGUCAAUUCUACCCUCUUCCCUGAUUCCUGGACAAGUGGCAAACACAUUGUCUCAGGUCCACCGCGUCACCCUUCUUUCGGCAUACCCAGUGGACUCUCUCGCAUCUCACCUCGCCGCUUCAAUUAGCUGCAUCAUACUCGCGCCGCUUGAAGCACUCUACCUUCGCUCAUUGACCCGAUCCUGGAUUAUCUCCCACCCUUCCUCCGUUACGCGUCUCUCAGAUAUCCACCCCUUGGGUCUUUGGUUUGGCGGAAGAACUUGGCCAGAUAUAUGGGCCUAUUCCUAUCGACUCGUGCUCAUGAGAGGAAUGCAAGUUGCGAUGAGAGCGGGGAUUUGGGGGUUCCUGGUGGGCUCAACGAUGAGGAUAGGGAGAAACUUCUGUGGUUGGGGAACACUGUGA